UCUCGCCAGUUUCUUCGCAUCCUUAUCCCAGUCACGUCAUACCAUCCGCCUGAUUCUUCCUACACUCGACAUAAACGGAGUCCCCUAGCCAUCUGCUGCAAACCUCCUCGACAACAUGAGUGCCCCGACAACCAGCGGCGCGGCAAAGUUUGAGCAAAAGCUGCCUUCGCGCGAGGAGCAGCUAGCCACAAUGACUGCACGGGUGGAGGAGUUUCAAAAGCAAAAUCCCUCGGCCGAUCUCAAGCUCGAACAGAAGUGGUGGGUGCCGAGCCUGGAUUUCGGCAACUUAUUGCAGGAUGCUCUACCACAAGAUAUCAACGCCGAAUUCGGCACCAUCUUUGCAAAGCUCUUCCAGGACAAGUUUGCCCCCGAUGCCGUGGCCAAGGCACGCAAACAGUCGAGGGAACUGCUCCAGGCAGAGCAUCCCCAGGUGCUAGAGAGGGUGGAGGAGAUGGUGUUUAAGAAUGAGGCCCAGCUUUCCGAGUUGCACCGCCAUCUGCAGGGGGUUGAGUCCAUCGGAUGUGCUGGCGGAAACUGCUGAAACCAUGAGAUGGAUGCGUUGCUUAGACCUCAACGCUUCUCUCUUUCAUAACCUCCGUUUGAUCCGGACCGUCCAACAAGAAUAUACCGGGGUUUCCCAUCUCGACUGGACAGUCAUUGAUAAAACCGUGUCGCUUCGUCCCACUGAAUUGAUGCCUCAGCCUCUAUCGCGUUUACUCUGACCACCACGUGCCGCCACAGACUGAUCCUAUACGACCCGGACAGCAGCGAGUGGCCACCAAGGCACAUAGAUUCGCCUCGCCCUUCCCUUUGUUUGUUUCUUCCCCCUCUCUGCUUCGGACCGGGCGAGGUCGAUCCGGUCGAAGAAACCGUCUUUGUCGGAAGGCAUGGACGGGAUCUCGAGGCCGAGGCGGCAAAUGGCAUGGGAGCGGGAGGGGCUGUGGCUUGAGCGGGAUGCGGCAGCCUCGAUGUACCCUACCCUGACAGCGGCAUCUUGUCGGUGACCUGGUGGUCGAGGGCGCUGGUCAGC